AUGGUCACGAAUAAAGUGUUCUCGAUCAGAAAAGAAUGUGGGAAAGUUUGUUUUCUACAUUCUGAUCGCCUUAGAAUGGAGGGGAAAGUUGGGACCAUCAGAAGGCUUGAUGAGACAGUUGUCAACAGGAUAGCCGCAGGGGAAGUAGUGCAAAGGCCAGCAAAUGCUUUGAAAGAGAUGCUAGAAAAUAGUCUUGAUGCAGGCUCUACCAACAUCCAAGUUGUUGUGAAACAAGGAGGACUGAAGUUCUUACAGAUACAAGACAAUGGCUCAGGCAUCAAGAAAGAAGAUCUAGAUAUUGUAUGUGAGCGAUUCACAACAAGUAAGCUUGAAAAGUUUGAGGAUCUUAACAGUAUUGCCACCUAUGGGUUCAGAGGGGAAGCUCUGGCCAGUAUAAGUCAUGUGGCACAUGUCACUAUAACCACAAGGACAUCACAGUCUAAAUGUGCUUAUAGGGCUAGUUACUGUGAUAGUAAGCUGAAGGCCCCAGCCAAGCCAUGUGCUGGAAAUGUUGGCACACAAAUCACAGUGGAAGACUUGUUCUAUAACGUAACAACAAGAAGGAAAGCUCUGAAAAGUCCCUCUGAAGAGCAUGCUAAGAUAUAUGAAGUGGUCAGUAGGUAUGCAGUGCACAAUAGUGAUGUAGGAUUCACACUUAAAAAGCAUGGUGAGUCUGUAGCUGAUGUUAGAACACAGCCAAAGUCAACCACAGUCAACAAUAUACGCACAAUUUAUGGACCCACUGUUGCAAGAGAACUACUGGAGUUAACCCAUGAUGAUGCGAAAUUGAUGUUUAAAGUAAGGGGACAUAUCACCAAUGCAAACUACUCCUGUAAGAGGGGGACAAUGCUUUUGUUUAUUAAUAAUCGACUAGUAGAAUCCAGCGCAUUAAAGAAAGCCAUAGAAGUUGUGUAUUCAGCUUAUCUCCCCAAGCAGACACACCCCUUCCUAUAUAUCAGCCUUGAGAUCGCACCUCAGAAUAUUGAUGUGAACGUUCACCCAACAAAACAUGAAGUACAUUUCCUACACGAGGAUGCCAUAUUUGAGACAAUACAACAAGCUGUUGAGAAAACAUUACUUGGGAGCAAUGAAUCAAGAACAUAUUUUACACAGGCACUCCUACCAGGUGCCCCAGCAUCACUGAAUGACAUCACAUCAACAAAAUCUGAAGAUUCAGAUAAUAAAAAAGCUGCAGCCAAGGAUAUGGUUCGAACAGAUAGCAGAGAUCAAAAACUUGAUGCAUUUCUCCAUCGGACCCCUAGACCUAGUACUAGUAACCAAUGUGAUGUGGUUGCUAUGGAAACUGAUGGAAAUGCUGAUGCAGAAUCUUCUAAUACAAAUAAAUCAAGGAAGCGUCCCCAUGCUGAAGUGAUGCAGUCACCCAUAUGUCCCAGUAGGUCUCCUCAAAGAAAGGAAAUAAAAUUAACAAGCAUACGAGAACUGAAAUCAGAAAUAGAAGAGAAAACACAUUCCGGUCUCCGAGAGAUGUUUGCAGAUCAUAUAUUUGUAGGAUGUGUCAACAAGGAGCAUGCCUUAUUUCAACACCAAACUAAGCUAUACCUAGUCAACACUACGAAAAUCAGCAAAGAAUUUUUCUACCAGCUGCUCAUCUCAGACUUUGGAAACUUUGGAAUCCUUAGGCUUUCUGAGCCAGCUCCACUCUAUGAUUUAGCAAUGUUGGCUUUGGACAGUGAGGAAAGUGGUUGGUCUCAAGCUGAUGGUCCUAAACCAGAACUUGCAGAAUUCAUUGUGAAGCUUUUAAUAUCAAAGUCAGAAAUGCUGCUGGAUUACUUCUCUUUAGAAGUAGAUGAGGAAGGUAACUUAUGCACUCUUCCACUGUUACUGGACAACUACAUACCUGCCCUAGAAGGUCUCCCUGCUUAUAUACUCAGACUAGCCACAGAGGUUGACUGGGAUGAAGAAAAAUCCUGUUUUGAGACUUUCACAAGAGAAACUGCAGAUUUUUAUUCAUUCAAGAAAGAUAUAUUUGUACUGCCAAACAUCCAAAAUGAAUCUCAGGAUUCAGAGAAUACAAAAGACUGGAGGUGGACGGUAGAACAUGUCCUCUACCCAGCAUUCAAACAGUACUUCCUGCCAUCACGAGCCCUUUCCCAGGAUGCUAGUGUGCUUCAGAUUGCAAACCUACCUGAUUUGUACAAAGUAUUUGAAAGAUGUUGAUGAACUUUGAAAGAACAUUAUGCGGGAAAUGUCUGCAUCUGUCGUGUUCAAAUACAUGUUAUCAUAUUACUAAUGAAAUUCAACUUAUUGAAGUUUAUAACUUUAUUCGUAGUUUCAUUUUGGACACAAAGUUUUUAAACAUUAUUGUAUAUUCUGUACAAUGUACAAUAAGACCUGUCUAGUGGAACACAUCAAUAAGUAGAACACCUUUGUAAGUGGA